UUGUAUUUUCAUAAUUAUUUAGAUAACCUUUGGGACAUGCAAUUCUCAUUUUUUGUCAAUACAAUGUAAUAUUAUGUAUGCCAAGUGGUGAAAAAAGUGUCCAAGAUGGAUGGGUGAUUGACCUGUGAGAGAAGAAGAGGAUACUGGAAAUUGGGAAAAUUGAGAACGUAAAAGUUCAUUUCUCUGGAUUUUCACUCUCUCGCAUCUCUGGCUGAUGAGGAGAAGACGACUCGGUCGUUCAUUCCACUUCUGAUUUCUUCUGAUUCGUUCGUCUUCCUCUUCUUCCAGUCGGAUUUCUCCUAUUUUGUAUUUCUCGAACUUUCGUGUCACCUUAUCAGAAGGCAGGAGAAUUACUUGAGUGGGUGAGGUCGACUUGACUGAAGUGUAUUUACAGUAGAACUUUGGAACUUGGGAACAAUGGGUCAAGGUCUCACUCAUCCAAUGCUGGAGUCUGCUAAUGACCAGCCUGAGGCGGGUGUGCCUUAUUUCGACCAAGGUGACAACAACAAUACCUCAUCAGAGCUUAUCGAGGGACCCUUCAAGCCGUCUGCACCAUCUACCUCACCGGAACAAGAUAUUCCUGCAUCAACAAUUGAACAAGCUCCGUCUCAUCAGGAUCAGCAGGAGAUCGCGGAGUGUGAAAAUCAAGAUCCCCAUGUGCUCAAUGAUGAAACCCCGUCUCAAACUAAAGAAGAAGAAUCUAAACAAGAGCUAGGAACAACUGAUGAUAUUCAAAUGGAUGACAUCGACGAAGAAGUUGCAGGAUUGAUGGCAGAAGAAGAAGAAGAUGAAGAUGUUGAAAAUGACGAAGAAGAUGACGGUGUUGUUUGUCCAGUGCCUUUCCGCUGGGACGGAGCCAAGUUUAAUCGGUCUGAUCCCAUUCCUAUCCCUGAAAGCAAGAGCGGAGAGUAUCGCUUUCACUCAUUGACGGAAUUUGUGUUCGACGAAGGCACAAGGAUGUACAAAUUGCCGAUGGGACCCCAUCCAUCGAUUGGUAUGAACACGGAAGAGUUAGUUAACUAUUUAAUCGAUUUUAGAAACAAACGUCCACGCUCAUUGACACCAAUCCCGGAAGCUAAUGAGGGUGCAGAUUUUUGCGGUUUGGAGUGGGACGAGGGUACGUUUCAGAAGGCUAAAAAACCAAAAGAAAAUGUUGAGGAGUUGGCUGUACAAGCAGCAUCAUCGACGACUGAUGUCAAUAAUAAUACCAUUGGAAUUGCCGACUGGAUCGACAACUUCAAGGAUUACAGGCCUGCCGAGAAUCUGCAGCCCAUCACUUUCUCAACGUCCAAUUUUCAGCCAUAUAAAGCAACUCAACAAUAAUUAACAAUUUCAUAAAAAAUACAGAUAAUUACAAUCAAUAUUUUGUAUCAAUCCCAUUAUUGUUAGUCAUGCAUUAUGUGAUUUCAUUUAAAUCUGUCCAAUCAGGUGUAGUAAUAAAUUUAAAAGCCAUGUGUUUGAGUUGUAAUAUGAGAAAAAUUGUUUACUAAAAUUAUUACAAAUGUAUUUAAGUUUGUAAGUUAAAUAAUGGUCUUGUGUCAAAAUUGUUAGUCAUAAAUAAUUAAUUACAGUUAAAAUUUAUGUGUUAAUUUAGCAAGCAAAUAUUAUGAGCAGAUUCCAAAUUGGAAUUUUCAAUAUAA